AUGGCAAUUGCUGCAAGGGAAAGUUCCAGAAAGCUUCAGGCUUUGUCUUCAGAAGAUAGGAAGAAAAUUCUACUUGAUAUUGCCAACGCCCUUGAAGCAAACGAGAAAACUAUUAAAGCUGAGAAUGAUUUAGAUGUUGUUGCAGCACAAGAAGCUGGAUAUGAAGAGUCUUUGGUAGCUCGUUUAGUUAUGAAACCUGGGAAGAUCUCAAGCCUUGCAGCUUCCAUUCGCCAGCUAGCUGAAAUGGACGACCCAAUCGGCCAUGUAUUAAAGAAAACUCAGGUUGCAGAUGGCCUUAUCUUAGAGAAGACCUCAUCUCCAUUAGGUGUUCUUCUGAUUGUUUUUGAAUCCCGCCCUGAUGCACUUGUUCAGAUAGCGUCACUUGCAAUCCGAAGUGGAAAUGGUCUUCUGUUGAAAGGUGGAAAGGAAGCUCGUCGAUCAAAUGCUAUCUUACACAAGGUGAUCACUGAUGCAAUUCCAGAGACUGUUGGAGUUAAGCUCAUAGGACUUGUGACGUCGAGAGAGGAGAUUUCUGAUUUGCUCAAGCUUGAUGAUGUUAUUGAUCUUGUGAUCCCAAGAGGCAGCAACAAGCUUGUUUCUCAGAUAAAAAACUCGACGAAAAUCCCUGUGCUAGGGCAUGCUGAUGGAAUUUGUCAUGUAUAUGUUGACAAGUGUUGUAAACUGGACAUGGCAAAGCGCUUAGUCUCAGAUGCAAAGUUAGACUAUCCAGCAGCCUGCAAUGCAAUGGAAACCCUUCUUGUACAUAAGGAUCUGGAGCAGAAUGGUGUGCUCAACGAGCUUAUACAUGCUCUGCAAUCCAAUGGUGUCACUUUGUAUGGUGGGGCAAGGGCAAGUGCUAAACUGAACAUCCCUGAAACGCCUUCAUUUCAUCACGAGUACAGUACCAAGGCCUGCACUGUUGAAAUUGUAGAGGACGUACAUGGUGCUAUAGAUCAUAUUCACCAACAUGGAAGUGCACACACUGAUUGCAUAGUGACAGAAGAUAGUGAAGUCGCAGAGAUAUUUCUCCGCCAAGUGGACAGUGCUGCUGUGUUCCACAAUGCAAGUAUGAGAUUUUCUGAUGGUUUUCGAUUCGGGCUUGGUGCUGAGGUGGGAAUAAGCACAAGUAGGAUCCAUGCCCGUGGUCUAGUUGGAGUUGAAGGAUUAUUGACAACGCGAUGGGUAAUGAGAGGAAAAGGACAAAUUGUUGAUGGAGACAAUGGAGUCGUUUACACCCACAAGGACCUUCCUGUCUUACAAAGGACAGAUAUAAUGGAGAAUGGGGUUUAG